CUUGGAACGAAGUACCCAUGCAUUGAUGCAGUGAAUGCAGUGAUGUUAGGAUGAAAUGCUUGCGCUAUUGGUUGAGCAUAGAAAGUGUGCGAGAGAGCCAUCCCAAGCUACAGGAGUGACGCAGCUCAAACAGAAGUACGUCACAGGAAUAGAUCCUGCUGUUUUACAGCUAAACCACCGGAUAGCGCCUGUAACCCUGUCCACUAGUUACAUUGAAGAAAAGCAAGCAUGCCUCAGACCCGACACAAAACAGAAGAUGCUACCUGGGACUUCCCUCGUUUCGUUUCAUGUGUGAACAGUUUCAUUUGAAAUUAGAGUUAACGUUACGUUUCCUUGCUUAUGCAACUCAACUAGAGGGGAAAUGUGUUUGAUAGGACAUAGCAUCAUAUUAGAUAAAGUCAUGCUUGCUUAUUGCUAGCCAAAAAUAAAAACAUGCAAGUGGACUAAUUUACAAAUCACGUUGCCAGCAAAAGAGAGGACGACGAGGGAGUCUAGUUGACAUGACGUUACCUUACAACUUGGCUACUAAUGCUGCAGACUAGCCUGCAAACAUUAUUGGACUGCUCAGCCAACGACACCCUGAUGUCACUGACAAUAUUUUUAGUAUGCCAACUUAAUCCCACUACAAAGAAAAUGUGUUUAAGUGAAGGUUAGAUCAGACCAAAGACGGGCGUGUGCCAUACGACGGAAACGAUACCUGAAAUAUUGGUGCUGUUUAAAAUAUAUAUAUAUAUAUAUAUAUAUAUAUGUGUGUGUGUGUAAUGUAUCGUUUCGUAGCCGUUAGAUUAGUGUAACGUAAAUGCUGGAUAGAUAAACAGCUAGCUGGGUACGUUAUCUAGCGAUAACCAACAUAGCUGCACAUGAAGCAACCACCAUAAGCUGUAGCAUAACGUUACACCAAUUUGUCUCUGCAAGCUGUUGUGUUCUUGAAAAUGCCCCUACAUCCAUGUGCUGUCAGAGGAAAUGUUUUUCCGGACUAACUGUUAGCCAGACAUAACAAAGGUAAGUCAUUUCUUGUAACCCACGCUACCGAAGUGUCGGUGUUGCAUGACCAAUGUUAGCAGUUAAAUGAACACAAUAGCUAGCUAGUGAUGUUGCUAGGAGACAGAUGUUAGCACGUAGCGCUAUCUCUCUCUGAAACCACCUUGUGUCAAUGAUGUUAAAUGGAAACGGCUAGCUACACAGCUAACGUUGCUGUGUCUAAAACUGUAAUUUGACGUCAGAAAAAAAUGCAUUUCAUUGACAGCAUGAAGCUGCGUGAGUUGGCUGGUUGCACAUAUCACGUUUUCAUACAUCUUGUUAUUCUAUAUUAUUUUAAGUAUCAAGCCCAUUGAAUCAACCAAGACUAGCUGUUACGUUAGUGAAGUAGCUAGCAAGUUAUAGGGGGUAUUUACCAUUUCUUAGUCCUCGGAUAAAUAUUUUAUAGGUACACAAUGUCAUAUUGAAUAACCAUAACGUGCUUCAGCAAUUUCACUUUGUGCCAGUGGCAUGCUGCAUGUAUCAUGUCUAGCUAUGAAAUCCAGCUGAAUUAACGUAACGCCCCUCCAUUUCCCCGGCUACAGUUUUGCACAGUUUGUGGUUUUACAGACGCUUACGUUAUCAACGUUAAAGUGUCUCACAGGGAAUGGCCUAGUGCCCCUUUGACCGAUCUGUGUUAAGUUACCUUUAACAUUACUAGGUAUCAUUAUAGUGAGCUAAUGUAAGACUAGGAUAGUCUGUCUUCUUUGAAUGACCACAGUCUGCCCCCAGUCAGAGAGCCUCGCUGACACUCUCAGAGGAACCGUUGAAGGAUUUGUUUGCCAGAAACAACCAACAGAGGCCAUGCAGUCUAUUUCAAUUUAAUUCUCUACUUAUUAGGGGUAUAAUCUCAGUCUGGAACUCCAAGUCAAAAGAACAAGAGUAACCAGAAAACCUAAGAUGAGUAGCAUAGGCCUUCUAACCACUAACAGUCACAUGUGUGUGAUGGAGCUUGCAUGUGUGAUUGUUGUGUGUGCAUUUUGGAGUGUGGAAGGGCCCUUUAGGUGUGGCGAUGCCCUUCUCCAAAGACUGUCUUGGCCUGAAAGUAUGAAGAGGCGGACAGUAGCCUGUCAUCAGUUCAGCAAAGCUCUGGGCAUGACCUGUCCUGGCCCUGGCGGGUCACCCUGUUGUAUGUUAAUGUGUGUUCAUUUUGCACAUACCUCUGUCUCACUAACAGUAUGGUUAGGAAAAACAUGCUAUCUGUGUGCUCCUCGGAGUUUGAACAGCUGACUGGCUCAGGGAAAAAGACUUGAAACACAGGCUAGACUUGACUGAAAGAGAGGAUGCAAUUACCACUGUUUUCUGUCAAUUUAAUUUUACUGUUUGAACAUAUCAGGGCUGUGUCCUUCUUUCACAAAGGUUUGAUGUUGUAGUGUUGUAUAUAGAGGUAGAAUUUGAUCGAGUACUUUUUUCCUCAACACAAAAAAAUCUAAAUUCAGUUACUACACUAUAGAUAGAUGACUGAUAUGACGACAACAUCCAAACUAGACACUGACUGGAUGAUAUUGUUGCUUCUUUGUUGUCCUGCUCUUAAAGCAUAUCUCUGAAGAUGAAUGUCUAUAUCUCCUCUUCAGAUGAUGUGCUAAAUUUAAACCCUGUGUACAUUAUUAACUUCUUAGAGGCUCCCAAACUACAGGCGAAAUGCUGCUGGAGAGCCUCUGAAAUGAAAUUUCGGGCCGGGGGCUGGGUGUGUAUGGCCAGAAUGAAGAAAAAGCUGCACUGUAUCUAAUGAUCAUUCCAAAAUGAUUAGGUUUAUCCCGAAUGAAUCCUGUUAUGAAGCAGGCCUUGCAGAAACAAUGAGUCACGGUAUUGAUCUCUCCUCCGCCCCGGCACAGAGGGAGACUGCUAAUAGCCGCGACUCCGUUCGGCCUAGAGGAAGGGAGGGCCGUGGCCAAUCACACCACAGAGUGUGCCUCUGCCAAUCACACCAGAGGCUCGAUAGCUCACAAUCACUGCUGCACAGUUAGGUGAUGGAGGUGGUGUGGUAAGUGGAAUAGAUGCACUGAGUGUAUGAGAGGGGUGGUUGCAGGCAGUAAACUGCUGCUGUGAGAGCAGGUGAAAAAGCAGAUGUUACUUUAUGAGCAAAUGCUGGGCAGUACUGCUGUGUGUGUAGCUGAUGUUCAUGUGAGUAUUACGCACUGAUAGGUUUAAUUGGUUCAGCAAGUUCAGGUAAUUCAUUGCUGCAGUAUGCACAGGUGGGCCAACACUACAGCCUGCUGCCAAUGGGAUUGUAUGGUUUUCAUUUCCCAUCCUGCUCUGCUUGGCCUUGCCCAUCCAGGCCUUGCCCAUCCAUCUUCCUGCAUUCUUGUCAGCUUGUUAGGCUGGGUGGGAUCACGAUUGCCUUGCUCAGACAGCUUGGUCCCUCAGCCCCUCUCCACUUCCACUCCAACCAUCUGAAUAGGCUGACUAGGCUUUUUCUUCUACAUGACGGCAGCCUUCCUUGAGCAAUGCAUAACCAAGUGUUUUCAUCGAGAGGAAAGGUAAGCAUUCCAUUAGGAUUGUCGGCACUCUCUUGAAUCACCUGACCUUUGUCAAAGCUUCAUCAAAUAUUAACAAACCUGGAUGCUACUUUUUCACUGUGACGCCCAGUCAGCCAGUUCCGUGGGGGCCUGUGUGAUGUAUUUAGGAGUCAGCGCUGCAUCAGUGGCCCUGGUGUGGGGAGUCUUCGCUGUCAUGGCGUUUGUUUUGUGCGCGCCGGUGCGUGGGCGCUGAUCUUAGCCCGCCGAGGACAGCAAAAGAGAGACAUUAUUAAUGAAUGCAAUCAGGAAAUGGGCUGUUGGUCUUAAUAGAUGCUUAAUCUUGGUAACAAAUGGCCCCAGGGGUGGCAGAGAAGGGCCUGUGUCGUAGCCAGCCCCAGGCAGCGGGUCAUUACUUGCUGCCACAGGCAACUGUAUAUUUUCCAGUCUUCACGCUUGGCGUGCAUCCAGACACUAAUGGUAUUGGGCCGCGUGCUGUUUUGCUCCCCAGCCCCUCCCCUGUCGCCCUCACCACCCCCUCUGUGUCUUUGAUUAAUGACGGGCUGUCGGAGAGUCACUCUUGCUAAAGUCCAGCACAGGGGCGUGUUCACUCCCACUACAGUCUAGAACAGGCACAUCUACUCCGCCUAGAAUAUAAUAUGGUGGCUUGUGUAUUACUGCUGGUCCAGCACAUGAGUGUGUUCAGUCUCACUGGAGUUCAGCACAGUCUUGUUCACUCCUUCUAGAAUACAAAAUGGUGGCUUAUGCAUUACCACUGGUCCUGCAUUUGGGUGUGUUCGUUAACACUUAAGUCUAGAACCGGCACAUCCACUCCUAGAAUACAGUAUGGUGGUGUUGUGGUACAUUUUCAGACUUUAAUCACAAUGUCAAACAGUUUUCUUUAUCCACAACUUUAACUAAAGAGUCUUCAAAAGUAAGGGCUGGGGUCUUCAGAACGUAUUUCAAAAGAAAGCUCUCAAAAACCAGUGUGGUAUCCAGGGAUCACACUGAAAUGUUACUCUCUUUGUUCUUUCUUUUUAUACACAGCGAGACUCAUCUUUGUCAUAUUAGACCAAUCGUGGACCCUUCCCAUAGGUUGUACCAUUUUAUGGGGAGAGCUUUCUGGUCCGAAAAUAAUUGUAUCAUAUUUGGGCAUAUUGUUUGAUUGUUCUCCAAUCUAAUGAUGUUUUUUGUGAGAUUUGGCAGAAAAGCCGCCAGUGGAUGGCCUUGAACAGAGUUUUGCUGGGACUCAUCUGUGAGCUGCUCUCCCUCCACAGACACGAAUAUUUCCAAGCCCGUCUGAGAGUGCAUUUAAAAAGCUUAUUACACUUCACACAAAUAUUGAACAAAAGUGCCCACACUCGACUACAAUAGUGGUUCCAGAUUAGAUACAUAGUUUCUUCAGUGCUUGGUUAAACUAUCAUAGAGAUGAUGGUACAGUGGCCUGUGUAUAACCACUAGCCUAGCACAGGGGCAUGUUCAUUCCUUCUAGAGUACAGCACAGUGAUAUGUUAACUUCCACUAGACUAGAGUUUAGAGUUGAUCCAUCCACAGUGACAUACUCAUUCCUGUAAAUGUCUUAUUACACUGACCAUGACGAAGGUAAAAAAAACAAAAUGUCCUGUUAAUGAAAUCAUAUGAAAUAUAUUCAUUGGAGUCAGCGUGUGCAAUGCUACCUCUCAUCCUUUAGGGUCUGCAGUACAAGGGUGGGUUCACUCCUUCUCCUGUAAACCACAGGGGCAUGUUCAUGCUCACUAGGACAAAGCACAGAAACCUCUUCACCCCCCAAUUAAAGUGUAGGGCAUGGCCUUAUUCACUUCCUCUGGAGAAUGAAAAAUUCACUAGUGCCAGGGUCCGAGAAAGAGAGGUCAAUUCAUUCCUUGGAGGGUAACAAAGAAUAUCCAGGAUGGUCCUUCGAUUUGACACAUGGAAAUAGCGUAUAACAUGAAAAGCAUAAAGAUAGCAAUGCAUGGGAAUACAGUGUAUCGUGAGCAUGCAACAUGACAGGCUUAAAACGUGAAAGGGGAGUGGAAGGUUUCCAUGAGGCGUGAUCCAUCUGCACUGUGUCUGCAGGUCCGUCAGACAGCAGACUGAAGAUAAAUUAAUUUGAGCAGGCGGUUGUUGUUGAAUGGAUGAUUGUGUUAAGUGAGACCUGCUGAUGCCCUGAUAGGGCAUGAACGACCGUGCAGGUGUGUAAGAGCAGCCAUCCAUUUCAUAACUGUUAGAGAACGGCCGGAAGAAACGGUGAUUGUGAUGUUUGCAAUGAAAUGCAAUUCAUUUGGCUAUAAUUGAAUUAUUGAGUACCUUUAAUCCAAAUUAGACUAUAGACAUGGCAGGGAUGUUGCAUGACUAAGUAUUGUUGCAGUCAUAAGGUAUGAUAUUUUUAUACAUCUUAUAAAGUAGCUAUUUUUUACUGGUUUUCAUACUUUUAUCUUGUUGACAUUUUGAGAUUUCAGUGUUGAGAUCUGUAGAUGACUUAAAUCCUUCACUGAAGAGAGAUAUUUGCACACAAUCUGAUGUUUGGUUUCUUGAAGCAGUUAAAUGCCAAACCAGUCCACUCCUCAACUUCAAUGUCUGGAGGUUUCUUACAGGUGUGAGACUGAAACCAGACCCAUAUACUGUAUUACCAGUAUCGUGUUGUAGCUUGGGCUGACCCACCCAUAUAGGUCAUAGCCAGAUCAGUGACCUUGAGUAAUUGUCCAAAUCAUCAGCAUGAAAAACAGCAUAGCUCUCCAGGACUUAUCCUAUUUCAAAUGGGUUAGAUGCACUUCAUAGAGCCGCUGCUGUGAGGAAAGGAACGGUUUGGAUGCAAAAGGUACACUACAAAAGCAAAAUAAAAUGAAUUAUUUGAAACCAUCAUCUUGAAGGUACCACUUUGUACUAUCCCUGUAAAGGAACCAUUUUUGAUCAAGUGGACAGGUUUAAUAUUAGAAGUAAAAGGCCUGACUAGCAAAGACAGAAUGUUUGAUAUACUAACCAUACAUCAUUCAAAAAGAAACUGACCUUUUCAUUUUUGAUGGCUUUUAUUUAAACAUCUUUUUGAAGCCUUUUAAUCAGAGACCUUUUUUUAGCUAGAUUGCCACAGCAGGUUUUGAUUAUGUUUAUUUACCAAUAACUCUGUGAGGUGUUUCGCUGCGUGCGUCAGGUUCAUGUUUGAGACAUGUUGUUGUUAUGACCACACAGACGUAAUGAGGUCGAGCGUAUUUGAUCCUCUCCUGAGGUCACAGGCUACUUGACUUGAUCUUCAUCCUACCCAGUGAGGGCUCCCUCAAGUCAUGUCCAUUCAUUUCAACAAUGGGUAAUUCUGCCUGAACUUGAACAGUGCCUUGUUUCGUCAAGCCAUGGAACAAAUAAUGGUAUGCCUCAUAGGAAUAGGGUCUGUGGAUACAGUUGUAAUGCUGGUCUGUAUUGUCUGAGUUAAAUCUCAUUAUUUCUGAAAUUUCUUCAGUUUUAUUCAUUUAGCAUGUGAGUAGAAAAAUUCCCUCUGGUGAUACUGUUUGCUGGUAAUGUGUGUGUGUGUGUGUUUGUUUGUACGGUGAGCCGUAAGGUCAGUCUCAGCAGUGAUGUGCCUGCACUGUGGAGCCCUCAGUAAUCGUGACUGCCUGCAGGAGCUGCCUGCCCACGAGACGAGCAGAGAGGAAAUGUAAACGAAGGGGGAGGGGCAUGUCAGCGUGAAUGAGCCCCUGAUUAGUCAGAGAGCUGACUGUCAGCGAGCCGAAUGCAUCACAGCGAUCACAGCCAAUCCUGACACAGCCUUUUGCAUCGCCAUGGAAACAGCCCUUUAUAGCUCCAAGAGAGGUGGAGACAUAAGAAGAAGAAGACAGGAGGGAAGGGUAAAAAAACAGCUCCCAAGCCAGGAAGAAAGGAGAGGGGGAGAGAGUGUCAGCUUUUCUUUUUUCUCUCUGACUGAUUUCACUGCUCAUGUUGCUCUUCAUCACUUCUGAUGGGUUGGAUUACCAGCGGAAAACUCAGAUAGAAAUGAUAGAAUGACAAGCCUCUCUGCUGUUUAUCGCAUGGAUGGCAGUGGUGGAAUGGACGCUCUUCCUAGAUUGAUUGGAUCAGUGGGAUAAACAUGCCAUGUUGAUGUAAGCCAGCAAACAGGUGUCCAGGAUGAGCUGGAUCGGAGGCUGCUGACUCCCCUCCGGAGCGUGGGCCUCUGCCCGGCAGAUCGCCCCCGCCGCCCCCCUGACGCAGUGUCCCACCCACCCAGCCAUCUGCCCACCUAAGCCCUCCACCCCACCAAGCCAACAUGCUGAUCAAGGAGUACCGAAUCCCCAUGCCCCUUAGCGUGGAGGAGUACCGCAUCGCUCAGCUCUACAUGAUCCAGAAGAAGAGUCGAGAGGAGAGCUGUGGGGAAGGCAGUGGGGUGGAGAUCCUGGAGAACCGGCCCUACACUGACGGGCCCGGCGGGGAGGGCCAGUACACGCACAAGGUGUACCACAUCGGCCAGCACAUCCCCGGCUGGUUCCGCUCCAUCCUGCCCAAGGCCGCGCUGCGCGUUGAGGAAGAAUCCUGGAAUGCCUACCCUUACACACGCACGCGCUACACGUGUCCGUUUGUGGAGAAGUUCUCCAUUGACAUUGAGACGUACUACAAGCCGGACACAGGGAUCAAAGAGGAUGUCUUCAACCUGUCCUCGUCAGACAAACGCGAGAGAACCGUAGAUCCCAUAGACAUUGUGAAAGACCCCAUCGCCCCUCACGAGUACCUCGCGGAGGAGGACCCCCGCUUGUACACGUCAGAGAAAACCCUGAGGGGGCCCCUGAUGGAUGACUGGAUCCAGCAGAUCGAGGACAACCCGGGCAAGAGUCCCGUCAUGUGCGCCUACAAGCUGUGCAAGGUGGAGUUCCGCUACUGGGGCAUGCAGUCCAAGAUUGAGCGCUUCAUCCAUGAUGUGGGCCUGCGUAAAGUGAUGGUGCGUGCUCACAGGCAGGCAUGGUGCUGGCAGGACGAGUGGUACGGCCUGACCAUCGAGGACAUCCGGCAAUUGGAGCUGGAGACGCAACUAGCGCUGGCGGCUAAGAUGGCCCAGUACAGCUGCAACGAAGAGGGCGGAGAGGCCAAGGGCACGGACCCCGCCCCUGACCAGCAGCCGGAGGACAAGCAGCCAAUCAGCACGACCGAGGCAGAGGAGUCGGGGCGGAGCUCGGGGGACACCCUACAGGCGAGAGGGGAGCUCACCAAGCAGUGGUCCACCUCCUCGCGCUCCUCACGCUCCUCAAAGAGGGGGGCAGGAAGCCCGUCUAGUCAUAGCCUGUCCGAGUGGCGUAUGCAGAGCAUAGCUCGAGACUCAGAUGACAGCACAGACGAUGAGUUCUUUGAUGCCCCUGAAGACUUCUCUGAUAAUGAGGAGAUUUUCGACAAGGAGAUCACCAAAUGGAACUCCACUGACCUGAUGGAUAAGAUCGAAACAACAGACACUGAUGAAUCACAUGGUGACUUGUAUCCCGAACCUGGGGGGGAUUUUGUGGAACCGCCUAGUGUGGAAAGGGUCACUGAGACGCUGCGGCCGGUCAAGCACUCCAAACAUCACAGACACCACAAACACCACAAAUGCUCCAAGCGCCUCCCAGAGAUCAGAGUUCACAGGCCUCCAGCUGAUGGAUCCUCUCAGCAGUGCUUGCAGCCCUCCAAGAUCAACGUGCUCAUCUUGGUCCUCCACGGUGGGAACAUCCUGGACACCGGGGCCGGUGACCACACCAGCAAGCAGGGCGACCUGAACACGCUGACCACCGCAUUCGAGACGGUGAUGCGCGUGCACUACCCCACCGCGCUGGGUCGCGUCGCUCUACGCCUGGUGCCCUGCCCGCCCAUCUGCGCCGAGGCCUUCUCCCUCGUCUCUCAUUUGAGUCCGUACAGCUAUGACGAGGGCUGCUUGUCUAACAGUCAAGACCACAUCCCCCUCGCCGCCCUGCCUCUGCUGGCGACCUCCGCACCCCAGUACCAGGAGGCGGUCGCCACGGUAAUCACACGGGCCAACCAGGUGUACAGCGACUUCAUCAAGUCUGCCGAAGGGGCCUCCUUUUCUGGUCAGGUGUGUGUGAUCGGAGACUGUGUGGGUGGCAUCCUGGCAUUUGACGCUCUGUGCAGCAGCAACGUGAGUGUGUGUGAGAGUCAGUGUAGCAGCAGGAGAACCAGCAUCGUCAGUGUGCACGACCAUGAUCUGCUGUCUCCGGCUCUGCUGGUGAAUUCUGGGCCGUGUGGUACUACUCUGGAGGGCAGUCGCCACCUGAGUCGUAGCAACAUCGACAUCCCUCGCUGCAGUGGGGCCGAGGAACCACGGAAACAGCUGCCACGGAAACGCAGCGACUCCUCCACCUAUGAGUUGGACACUAUCAAACAACACCAGGCUUUCCUGUCCAGUCUACACUCCAGUGUGCUGCGCAACGACCCAGGCUCCCGGCGCUCGAGCAGCAGCACCAUGCUUGAGGGCGGGGCUUUGGGCAAGUUUGACUUCGAGGUUUCGGACUUCUUCCUGUUUGGCUCCCCACUGGGCCUCGUCCUGGCCCUCAGGAAGACCGUGGUCCCAACGCUGGAUGUGGGCCAUCUUCGGCCGGCCUGUCAGCAGGUGUACAACCUUUUCCACCCCGCCGACCCGUCGGCCUCCCGGCUGGAGCCCCUGCUGGAGAAGCGCUUCCACGUGCUGCCGCCCUUCAGUGUGCCCCGCUACCAGCGCUUCCCGCUGGGGGAUGGCAACUCCGCCCUGCUGGUGGAGACGAUCCAGAGCAGCCCGCAGCUGUUUUUGGACGGGGUGGGUGGCAUGCCCCUGCGCUGCUCCGAGGUGGUCAGCGAGACCUCCAUCCCUGUGCCCGUGCUGAACUGGCACGCCCCGCCAGGCCCCGUUGAGUCGGACAUUGUUCAUUCUCACGGCGGGAUGUUCCUGGAGAGCUCCCACCCCCCGUCCCCCGUGGUGCUCUGUGCUGUCCGACCCCCCCGCCGACCCAGUGAGGUCAGCAUCUGCAGUCAGGCCUCGGGGCACGCUGACAACUACAGCGCCACCAACAUGGCCAACACCCAUUCAUGCCCACAUAGUCCCUCCAAAAAGCUUAGCCUCCUGUCCCAGCUGGCUCUCCCGUACACUAGGUUCUCCUCCCGGAGCCCUUCCCCUAAGCUCCGCCUCAAACUGUGGUCCUCUAAGGCCUCAGACACGGAUGGGGAGUCCGUCGUCUCGGGCCCCUCAGAGAGGAGCAGCCCUCUGGGCUCGCAGAGCACCCUGCCAGACUCCUGUCCCACCCCUCCAGCCAGUCAGCUGGACAUCAAACAAGUUGCAGGCCGAUGGUGGGGCACCAAGAGGAUAGACUUUGCCCUCUACUGCCCAGAUGCGCUGACAGCCUUCCCCACUGUAGCUCUGCCACACCUCUUUCACGCUUCCUACUGGGAGUCCACCGAUGUGGUGUCCUUGCUGCUCAGACAGGUGAUGAGGCACGAGAGUUCCAGCAUUCUUGAGCUGGAUGGGAAGGAGGUGUCUGAGUUCACCCCUUCCAAACCUCGUGAGAAGUGGCUGAGGAAGAGGACCCACGUCAAAAUCAGAAAUGUGACAGCUAACCACCGUGUGAACGAUGCUGUGUUUACGGAAGACGGCCCUCAGGUGGUAACUGGACGCUUCGUGUAUGGUCCGCUUGACAUGGUCACUCUCACCGGAGAGAAGGUGGAUAUCCACAUCAUGACACAGCCUCCAUCGGGAGACUGGACGUACUUUGAUACCGAGCUGACCAAUAGCAGCGGACGUGUCUCUUACAUCAUCCCUGAGAGCAAGCGUCUGGGCAUUGGGGUUUACCCUGUCAAGAUGGUGGUCAGAGGAGACCACACCUCUGCGGACAGCUACCUGACCGUGCUUCCCAGGGGCACUGAGUUUGUGGUGUUCAGCAUCGAUGGCUCCUUCGCCGCCAGCGUGUCCAUCAUGGGGAGUGACCCCAAGGUCCGGGCCGGGGCGGUGGACGUCGUCAGGCACUGGCAGGACCUGGGCUAUAUGAUUGUGUACGUGACAGGGAGGCCAGACAUGCAGAAGCAACGCGUGGUGGCCUGGCUCUCACAGCAUAACUUCCCCCAUGGCAUUGUGUCCUUCUGCGAUGGCCUCGUGCACGACCCACUGCGUCACAAAGGCAACUUCCUCAAGUCUCUCAUCUGUGAGGCUCAUAUGAAGAUCUUUGCUGCUUAUGGUUCCACUAAGGAUGUGUCUGUGUAUGCCUCCAUUGGCCUACCACCCUCACACAUCUACAUAGUUGGUCGACCCACCAAGAAGAUGCAGCACCAGUGCCAGUUCAUCGCGGAGGGCUAUGCUGCUCACCUAUCCCAGUUGGAGUUCAGCCAGCGGUCGCGCCCGGCCAAAACUAACAGCGCUCGCAUGGUCCUGCGCAAGGGCAGCUUUGGCCUAGGCGGAAGCGGCGACUUCCUGCGCAAGCGCAACCACCUGCUGCGCACCAUCAGCUCGCAGCCCAAUGCCCCGACACCGCUGCCAACCGGCCGGCCCGAGCGCGCCUUCAGCCAGUCAGAUGGCGAGCGGGAGCGGACGGACCGAGGCCAGCGCAGCAUGAGUGUGGCGGCGGGCUGCUGGAAACGCACCGGCAGCACCAAGCUGGACAGCGCCCUGCUCAGCCCCAAGUAGGAUAAAAACUCCCAGAAUGCCUCAGGAGGGGCAACGGACAGGAAAGGAUUCGCCACCCUGGGGUGGAGGCAGGAGGAGCUGCUACAGCAAAGU